CACUGUCAUCGAUGAGCGACAACCCUGGCAGCAGGAAGGUUUUUCGGCCGAAAAAUAAAGAACAAUAAAACGUUUGUGGCCCGCAGCAAAAAAGGGAUCGCCGAGUGCCGUGUUAACCGGUGACCUCUCGCCCGUGCCCCGUGACCUGUGACCCCGCGCAACGGCCCGCUUCAGUGUUAAUUUGUGGCAGCAAAAGCAGCAGAAUUUGGAGCAGCAGCGUGUAAAAAGUUGCGGAAUUAUCGUGGCACCGCGGAGAAAGAGAGAGAGCAGGAGAGAGCGAGCGGAGCGAGCAGAAGAGAGAGAUUGCCGCACGCAUAAAAUAUGAUCAAAUUGCAAAAUUGAUCUCAAUUGGCCACUCAACAAAAGCAAAAACCAAUUUCAAUGUUUGGCGCCUGCUGCGACUCUUGAGAUUCGUCUACGUCCGCAAGUACAUCCAAACGGGAUCUGAGCCAAGUCUCUCACUUUUGGCUUCAAAGCCAUGGCGUCCACGUCGACGUCGGCUUCCACGACGGCGGGAUCCUCCGGCGCGGCAGGCGGAGGAGCAGCCACGCCCAUCUCCACGCCCUCGACACCCCAGCCGUCUGGCGUGAGCAGCGGACCCAGCAAUAAUGUGAACAACAACAACAAUAACAACAACCUGGUCUCACCAUCCGGGAACAACAAUUUGAUGACCCCCGUCCAGGCAUUCACUCCGACCGGACAGCCAGUGUACAAUCCACCCGUCUACAUGUCCGCCCACGGUGGACACCCCCACGCCGGAGCCCACUACCCGGCGAUGAUCCCCGCUCCGAUGCCCAGCAACCACGUCUACGUGAACAACGUCACUGCCAAUGUGAACCUGCAUGGCUGGCCGCACGGGGUUCCGGCUUAUAUGCCGCCUGGAGGUCAGCAUCACUACAUUGGACACGGCGACAUGCCCCAGGAGCAGGGCAACACGGUGAUGCCGCACCUGCAGCCUGUGCCCAUCAAUUUGGCGCCCCAGGGCGGCUCUCCGAAUCCCCAUGUUCCUAGAAUGGGUGGUGGACGCACGCGAGAACGCGGUCGUCCCCGUGGAGGCGGACCGCGACGCAAUGACUACCAUGGGCCACGUCACCUCCAGCAGCAGCAGCAGCAAUUGAUCACCCUUCCGCCGCAGCAGCAAAUGCCACCGCCGGACGGAGCCAAUCCCGGGCUGCAACUUCAGCCGGAUCAGAUGAGUCAGCAAUUGGCGCCGCCGGAGGCGCAUAUGCAGCACCUACAGCAGUACUACGCCGCUGCGCCGCCUACAUACGCCUACGGGCCGUAUCCCUCUCCCUACUUCGCACCGCAGCACGCGAAUCUGCAGCCUCCCCCCAAUGCCACUGCUGCCCAGCAGGCCACCGGUACGCCGCUCUUCAUCUCGGGACCGGUUAUGUAUAAUCCUGCGUGGUUCAAUCACGGUGGGUACAUCUACCCCAUGAUGCAUCCGGCCGAGUACCAGUAUGUGCCCGAAGACGCUGGCCAGCCGGGAGUGGAUGAACGUGGCGCUCAGCCGGACGGCGGAAUGACCCCCAUCUGGCACCAGGGCCCCAUGUACGCAGAGGACUUCGAAGUGCUUCAGCAGCAGCAGCAACAGGUGGCUGUACAUCCCAAUGGAGGUGCCGUCGGUGUAGCCGAUGAGCUCAACCACAACAGCUCAUCCCUGCCCUCCUCGGAGACGUCGAGCAUGCUCAGUCCGAACUACCCCAUCUACGAUCCGCAGAUGCACGAGAUGCAGCACCAAAUGGGCGUGAUGCAGAUCUACGACGAUGGUCAGAUGGCCGCUCUGCAGCCCAUCCAUCCAGGAGCGGGUCCGCUGCCGCAGCAGUACGAGGAUGAGCUCGCCGAGUGCGGAGCUCCGCCACCAGGCGCUAUUCCUGUGGCCUGGACUGCUGCCAUGCCCCUGCCACCGGAUGGAGUCCAGCCUGCACUGCUGCCGCCGCCGCAUCACAUUUUGCAGCAAACAUCGCCCAUGCUAAUCGAACAGCCGGCCCAGUUGGUUCAGGCCCAACCUCCGCAGCCACCAACACCCACUCCGCAACAGCAACAGCAGCAGCAGCAACAACCACAUCAGGAGCAAGCGGUUGACAAGAGUUUGACAAAGAACAACAACGAGGUGGUGGCCUUGGAUGAAAAGUUGGCCAACGAGAAGCAGCAGCAAAUCGAGUUAGAGUUCCGCCAGCAGCAACAGGAGCAACUGCAGCAGCAGCAACAGCAACAGCAACAGCAUCAUCAUCAGCAACCACAACAGCAGCAGGCAGAAGAGCAGCAGCAGCAAACCGAAAAACCGCCAACAAAAGUGCCAAACCUGGUGGUAGCAACAGUGGCACCGCAGCUGCAACAGCCACCACCGCAGCAGCAGCAGCAGCAGCAACAGCAGCAGCAUCAGUCAGCUUCGCAGCAACAUCAGCAGCAGCAAACAUCACCGGUGGUGGUGCCGCCACAGCAACAGCAGCAGCAACCACCUGCGCAGCAGACUAGCUACCAUGAUCAGCAUCAUUUGCCGCAGCAGCAGCAAACGCAGCAACCGCAGCAACAGCGCAAGCCUUCGCAGCAAUACAAUCAAUCGCAGCAGCAACAGGUGCGUCGCAAGUACUCCUCUGAGUACAACCAUCAUCAUCACCAGCACGGCAGCAGCGACACGGGCAUCCAAACCACCAAGACCAUGUCCUGGACCAAUUCCGCCCAGCACAAAAAGUCCACACAGUCGGUUUCGGUCACCGCUUCUCCCAACAAUGUAAACAAUGGACCGGCAGUGGGUGCUGCAAGUGGUCCGGCGGGCAAAACCAACUACAGCCACACUACAAAGACGUUCACCAACCAGCAGCAUUACCAGCAGCAACACUACCACACUCAAAACACAUACAACAACAAUAGCAACAGCAACAGCGGCGGAAGCAGCAGCAACAGCAGCGCGAGCAGCAGCAACAACCAGCCUCAGGUGCGCAACUAUGGCACCAUGAAGGUGCCCUCCUCGCCGGUGGCAAGCACAGCGCCAACGCUGGAGCGCAAGAACAGCCAACAGACAGCGGCGGCACCCGCAGCAGCAGCUGCUGCAGCUGCAGCACCCGUGGCAAUCGCAACAGCAACUACCUCAACGGCCAGCAUCACGGCUAACCCGAAUCAAUUUCAACCGGAGUCUGGCAACAGUGGUGCCUCGCCAGACGUAGCUGCCACGCAGCAACAGCAGCCUGCAGCACAGCAGCAUGCAGCACAAGCAGCAGCAGCCCCAAGCAAAUCGUAUAGCAGCUAUGCCUCCAAAAAGCAUCAGAGCUACGAGCCCGUAGUCCUGAGCUCCGUGGUGGCCACCAGCUCGUCAGCCAGCUCGUCGCAGCCCCAGCUGAAUCUUGCCCCACCUGCGCCGCCAGCCUCGCAGAGCAGCAGCGACAGUUCGCAGCUGUCGUGGGCCAGUCUGUUUGCCAGCAAAAAACCCGUGGCCAAGGUGGCACCAUACGAGGCCAGCAAAAUUGCCCAGCAGCAGCAGCCAUCCCAUCCCGUGCUCCAAUUGGCUCCUCCGCAGCCCGCUCAAGUGGCAGCUGCCGCACCAGUUGCUCAGCUGGCGUCGCCUCCUCAAAAUGUGCCCCUGCCCACGGCUCACCAGCAAUCACAGUUGCCAGCACCUGUGCCCGCGCCCACGGCUCCGCUGGUCACACCAGGAACACUCUCCUACUCGGCUGCAUCCGCUCAGGCCGUUCCUGCUCCCAGCCCCGCCUCGGCAUCCGUCAAACCACUGAAGGCGGAACCCGCGCGUCCGGUGCAGCAGCAACUGGAUGAGUGGACCAACAAGUACGCCGAGUACCUGACGCGCCACAAGACCAAUCUGGCGGCGAUCAGCCUGCGUCCGCGAGGACUGACCAACAGGUCAAACUACUGCUACAUCAACUCGAUCCUGCAGGCCCUGCUCGGCUGCUCGCCGUUCUACAACCUGCUGCGCUCCAUUCCCAAGCAGGCGGCUGUCCUGAGCGAGGUCAAAACGCCCACUGUGAACGCCAUGAUGUCUUUUAUGACCAACUUUUCAUCGCUGCCCAGCGGUCUCCGGCUGCGUCUGAACAACCUCAACAAGGGAGCCCAAAGCAAGGGCAAGGACGAGUUUGUGGGCUCCGAUUUGCAGUGCGACAUGGCCUUCGAACCCACAGAGAUCUACAAGCUGUGGAACGACAGCCGCGAGGAGCACGUGGAAGGUCGUCAGGAGGACGCCGAAGAAUUCUUGGGCUAUGUUCUUAACAAGCUGAACGACGAGAUGCUGGAGGUGAUUAAGCUAAUUGAUAAGCCCACACCCCAGCAAAAUGGCCAGGAACCCGCGGAACCAGAGGAUGGCGGCGAUGUUUGGCAGAUGAUUUGCAACAAUCGUAACAAGGGCAGUGUGACCCGCCAGACCGACUUCGGACGCACUCCCGUAAGCGAUAUUUUCCGGGGAGAACUGCGCUCCCGGCUGCAGCGUGAAGGAGAACACUCCACGGAUGUGAUUCAGCCUUUCUUUACGCUUCAACUGAACAUCGAAAAAGCUGCAUCUGUGAAGGAGGCACUGGAGAUUCUAGUGGGUCGCGAUCAGCUGGAGGGAGUCACAGGCAGCAAAACCAAACAGGAGGUGGUGGCCUGGCAGCAGAUGACGCUGGAGAAGCUGCCCGUCGUCCUGAUAUUGCAUUUAAAGUACUUCGACUACCGCUCUGAUGGGUGCACAAAGAUUUUGAAGAAGGUGGAGUUCCCCGUGGAACUAAAGAUCGAUGCCAAAAUCCUCGGCUCAAAGAAGACCUCGCAGAAGCAGCGCGCCUAUCGCCUGUUUGCGGUCGUCUAUCACGACGGCAAGGAGGCUUCGAAGGGCCACUACAUCACGGACGUGUUCCACACGGGCUACAGCAGCUGGCUGCGCUACGACGACAGCUCGGUGAAGCCGGUCAGCGAGAAGCACGUUCUCCAGCCGCACACGCCUCGUGUGCCCUACCUGCUGUACUACCGCCGCUCAGACACUUUGCCACCGCAGCAACAGCAAAACCAGCAGCAGAAUGGCGGAGGAUCGGGUGGGAUUGUGGGCAGCAGCUCCUCGUCAUCGAAUGCCGGGGAUAACAAGUGAAGAGGAACGACAACGGGGCGUUGUAAAAAUACAUCAGAACUUUAAGUGCUAGCGAUAUACUACAUAUAUUUUUGUGUCAGUGCGUGUGAGCGAGAAUGCGAGUUUGGUUUUAUAUGCAUAUACAUAUACAAAUUAACAAAUUAACAAUUAGAUAUAUUCGCGCGGUAUAUAUUUAAGCCCAAAGUCCAAAGCGCAUGACCGUGUGUUAGAGUACGAUUGUGUGAGAAAGAAAAUUAGCUCUAAGCUAGACUAGAAUUAAGUUAGAGUAGAGAAAUAGGCAGCAAAAGAAACUCGUUGGAACGAAAACUUUGUACAAAGAGAAACGAAAGAACUCUGUAAACUAAACAGCGAGUAAAUUAACAUAUAACUUAGUGCUAAAUUUACAAAAUCCUUCAGCGUAGCGAAGCCCCCAUAUAUCUGUGGCACAAAAGCUCUCCCAGAUGUUAGAAGUAGUGGAUGUUAGAAACGCCCUUACGGUCCCUUGAAAUUUUGGCGAUAUGUUAUGACAAACGCUUUGAGCUGUACAUAUACACAAAUAAUCAUAUAUUGUAGUUGAUCAGUUUCGCGGCAUGCACCAUGCAUUUAAACAAACCAACCCAGCAACAAUAUAUAUAUCGAAUGCUUUGAAUAUGCUUUAAAGAAAAAUAUACAUUUAGAACCAGGGUGUUUUCCACACAAAGAGUAAAUACAGGCAGUGGUGGUCAGAGCAAUGGCCGCAAGCAUCUCAGCGUCUGCAAGCCAAAUUGGAUUACUUUGGUUAUGGUCUCGAAGACCAAAUCAAAUAGUUUCUUCCUUUACUAACAAUUUUUGCUCAGGUAGAUGGAAGUUUGAACAUGAAAGUAACGAGCUGAACACAUUAUCUUCACGGCCACUUGCUAGACCACUACUGCACAUUGCAUUGCAUAUAGGCAGCAAAAUAAGUUAACAACGCGUUCAUUUUGUAAUUUAUUUUAUAUGUUGUUUAGUUUUAUACGUAAUCAGUAAUCAGUUAGGCAAGCAGAUUCAUAUAUACAUAUACGGAACUUGUUAUUCAUAGUUAGAGAAACUUUUUUGGGGAUUGUCCCCGGCUUAGAUGCGAUGUGUUUGCCUUCAUGAUAUUCGAGUUCUUAACUUUCUUUCCUCAGACCUAGAGCAUUUAGUUUUUCAUCAUGUUAGAGAAAUGUGUUGGGAUUGUAACGAAAGAUUUAAAAGGAAUUAAUAAUUAUUUGUAAUCGGGUACGAACUAAAGCUAAUCAACCAUACUAGUUAAUAGAUGUCUUACAAACGUAUACACCCAUAUAUAUUUUCUUAAGCUAUAUAAUCUAAACGCGUAUAUAUUAUUUAUAGAUAUCGUGCCAAUGUUAAAACAUCUAAAAAUUUCAAAAACCAAAAAAAAAGUUAAUUCGAGUAAUAAGA